UAGUUUUGUUUUGGUUAUUUAAAAAGGAUAUUUUAAGUAAUAGGUCCUGGAUGUAAGAAAUACUUCUUCACUCUUAUUAUUCUCUUGCCAGGACUUUGUAUGUCAAUGAAUUUCUAUUAUUUAAGAGAAACAAAUAGGAAAAUUAUUUAUUUGAAGUAAUGAGCCUUUUUUAAAUUAAUUUUUACUUUUAAUACAUUUCGAGCCACUGCGGCUUCUCGGUGCAAUAAAAGUUUUCUCAAGUUUUGUAGUCAAAUUAUAAAAAAAUCCUUUGAGAUUCGAAAGGAUAAAAAUAUAUUAACAGAUAAAUCGUUAAAAAAAUCACUCCUGAUUUUUUUUCUUGUUAAACACUUAUAUAUUUUGUAUAUUCAAUACACAUACUUAAAGUCGGUAGAGGGGGAGAAAGGUUUAUAAGCGUAGUGGGGAACGAAGAAUAGAAACAGUCCAAGGGGGUCGCUUGUCCGGUUAGUUCCACAGCCGUAUCCGGUAGUUCUACUUGUAAGUUCUUGUGCUUUACACACUGUCAAAAGCAGUUUUCGUCUUUGAAAAAACCAUGGCUUUGUCACAGUUGAUAUCGUCUUUAACAAUCUCGCUUCUUUUGGUUUGUUUGGUGGAUUCGUACCCAAGCAGUGGGAACAGGAGGUCCAGAAAUUUAACACAAUCAAGAACGAAUGUGGAACCAAGGUCUCCGGUCAAGUUUCCUAAUCAUAAAAAUGCUCAAAGUAGCAAUACGAUUAGGACUCCACAAGGCAGUUGGUCGAGGGGUGGAAGUUCAAGUGGAGAGGUGUUUGUUUUUCCCGGAGAUGAUACAAAACUUGAAACCCGUAGUUACCUACCCAAGCCGAAAUGCACCGAAGGUAGUACAUUCUGCGAAAAAGUAGAUAACUACCCACAAGACCAUGUUGCAAGCAUUUUGAGAACUGCUGCUAAAGACUUCAGCGCAAUGUUUGGGCAAGACACUCCCCUAGAAAUCCAACAAAGGAUUGAUUAUCAAGAUGAUAUGCCUCUAUGUACAUCAAUAGAACAGAUAGUUUACCCGAAAAGUGCCAAAAACAAGAACAAUGAAUGGCUUUUCAUCAUAAACCAGGGAAACUACACGCAAGGAGUACGGAUUGAAAAGUGCCAGCAUACCACUGAUGACUACUCUGAUAGGUUGGUUUCUUACUAUCCAGGAAACAAGGAGAAUAUAACAAAACCAUGCGCGUUUACUCAAGGGUUCCCGUUGGGAUAUGAAACGUACUGCAAACAGAAGUACAUCUACAGGAAGCUCAUCGCUCUUGACAGCCAAGGAGAAGCUACAACGGACAUAUUCCAACUUCCUUCAUGCUGCUCAUGCGCGGUCAGGACGGCUCACUUAAGUUCCAGGUCUGGAGCUCAGCAUCUUAUGGCGAAGAUGAGAAAUUCGACGAAAACUUCCAGUUAAAUACUGUUUUAUUCAAAUGUCCCUGGUUUUUGUGAAUUUGAGACUUUUAAACAAGAACAGAAGUGGACAGCUGUUUUUGUUGAAAUUUAGAAACAAAAUUGUACAUAUGCCUACAGUUUUACCAACCAUUCAAACUACUCUAAGCAAUUUAAUAAAUUUACUAUAUAAAUGUUUACCAACAUAUUUUUUCAACAUAUUUUUUCUAGUAUUAAUAUAUUUUACAAUGUCAAUUUAAACCAAAAUACUUUGGUAUUUAACUUUGAUUGUAUAGAUUACUUUUGUGAUGUAUAUCAAUAUUUUAUUGCUAGUCUUAGUUUUUAAAACUGUGUUUCUAAAUAAAUAUUAUGUAUAAAUUAUGUAAAUUAAUUACCAUGUAAAUUAUAGAUUUAACAUUGAAAAUUUAGUGAUUUUAAUAUCUCCCUAUAUUAAUUUUGAAGUUUAUUUAUUUAUAACAACAUUUUUACAUACUAUGUUGGACACACACACACACACACACACACACACACACACACACACACACACACACACACUUCUUUGGUACCCUUGGAGUUUUACAUCUUUAGGUAUUUCAUAAGAGCAUAAUUUACCCAAGAACCUGAUGCUUAAGUUUUAUUAUGGGAUAUAGAAAUAAAUGAUAUUUAUUGUAAAUUAUUGUCAUUUGAAGAACGUCAUUGUAAAUAUGUUCAUGUAAAUAUUUUAAUUUCUUGAAUAAAAGUUUUUGCUUUAUAUUUAAA